UAAGCUCCAGUCGGUCCUUCGCAGUGCCUGGCGCGCGGCACCGGUGGUCAGAUCGCUUUCCAAGCCCUCUGUACCAUUCGGCUACUGCUAGCUUGCUCUGAAGACUGAACUAGGAACAAUUUGCCCUCACAAUAGAUUCAAGGACUCAGAAUUCGGUCAGACCCUUCAGGCUCUCAGCAUCACCCAUUCCACUUUCCACAUCUCGAUCGGUCGCCGACAUUGAAUUCUGUACAUACCGAGGUACGAAGCGACCGGUGGGAGUGAUGCAGGCCUGAGAUCGAUUAUGAUCGAGGCUCGGAGCCUGAGCUUCCUGUCCUAGAGUCGAGGGAGAUGUUGUAGUUUACGAGGUAAGCCUCUUCAGGAGCCUACUGCUCUCGUACCUUUCUCAGCUCACUCGAGAGUGUGAGGGAGAAAGGUCGAGAUGGCUAGCAUGCAAGAGCAAGGUGUUAUCGUCGCCGCCUUGGGGAUCAAAGGUCAGGAAAUAAGUCCAGCAGCUUCCAGCUACCAUGGAAGAAUUGAUGGAUCCGCAGCUCAGACCGGGGAGAAGGCCCAGGAGUACGUGGAACCGGCCCCUCAUCCCACUUGGGCUGUGGAAGAGUUCUACAAGUGGUCACUCUACAGAGCAGCCAUCGCCGAGUUCGUUGCCACCCUUCUGUUUGUCUACAUCGGCGUUUCUGCUGCCAUCGGGAACGCUCGGGACAGCCCUGACGGUGUAGGUGCACUGGGAGUUGCAUGGGCCUUCGGUGCAACUAUAUUUGUGCUCGUUUACUGCACUGCUGGAGUUUCAGGAGGGCACAUCAACCCUGCGGUGACAUUGGGCCUUCUUCUCGGUAGAAGGCUCUCUAUUCCUCGUGCGUUGCUUUACAUGGUCGCACAGGUACUGGGCGGCAUAUGUGGAGCAGGACUCGUGAAAGCUCUGCAGAAGAGACCUUUCCAGCGCUACAACGGUGGAACCAACUUUGUGGCUCAAGACUUGUCGACCUCCACGGGUCUGGCAGCAGAGAUCAUCGGCACCUUCGUACUGGUAUACGUGGUCUACUCGGCAACAGAUGGCAAGCGCAGAGCUCGUGACUCCCACGUCCCGGUUCUCGCACCUCUACCAAUCGGAUUGGCAGUGUUUGUGGUACAUUUGGCUACAAUUCCCAUCACAGGGACGGGAAUCAACCCUGCACGAAGCUUUGGUCCUGCUGUUCUGUGGGGUAACGAGCUCGCCUGGGACGACCAGUGGAUCUUCUGGGUGGGUCCUUUCAUCGGCGCUUCUUUGGCAGCGGCUUACCACCAAUUCGUCAUCCGGUCUCUUCCACUGGGAUCUCAUUUCCUCCUCCCCACCAUUCCUUUGACCUUGGUGCCGUUCCAACUGCCCCAUGCGGCUCCUAAAGCGAUCGAGCACAUGACAUCUGGUUAAGGGAGAACUGUAAACAGAAAAAUCUGCUGACAACAUUGAAGCUCACCAGGCACUUGUAAAUACAGUGAUUCGUAGCCACCUGAUGGACCUAUUUCGCCUCUAAUACUUGAACAAUUUCUGAGAUUCCUGAUCUUGCUUCAAAGCUACAUACGAAUACGAACAGAAUAAGAUCGAUCACCUCUGUAUCUAUGAGAAAGUGAUGACUAGGUAGGUAUCUCCUUCAUUAUAUGCCUUUGAAUCUGAACCUGAGGCUGUGCUCAAGCAGCUGCAGACGGAGACUCUCCUCUCACCAUAGAAGACAAUAUCCCCUGGAAUUUGAUUUACCGAACGGGGCAUGAGACAUGGACCUGCAAGUUGAACUUUCAUAGAUUUCAUCGGAGAAUUUAUCUCCAAAGAAGUGUCAUUGGAUACCUUCUCAAUAAACUUUGCCGUGUUGAUAUUUCC